AUGCUGGCCCACUCUACCACCCGGUGGGACCUCCCGAAUCGCGUGCCCCGACUUUUACGGAGACUGAAAGCCCUCGCGGACAUGUCGGCGCUGAUACAGCCCCAGCAAGGGAAGCGCCAAGCCCCAUUCUCAGGAUGGAAGCUGGAGAUCUUAGCAUGUUUGGGCAAGCCGCUUCCCCAAUGGCCCUUUCGAGUGUCUAUCAACACAUUGCUGUCCAUCUACGGGGGAGUGAUGAAGGCAGCCACUAUAUAUGUCGUUGGAUCUUGCAUCGGCCAGCUCCAGUGGUCAUGGUUCUCGUCUGAACGGCCUCUUAUCGACCUCUCUCGGCUUGCAGACCUAUCUCAUGGAGAUCUGUUUGGAGCGUUCCGCUGGCUCGGGUCAAAUCAUAUCCGAGAGCCGUUCAUCACCCUUGGCGCAAUCGUCGCCAUCGCGUCUCUCGCCUUUGAGCCAUUUAUACAGCAGCUUACCUCGUAUGGCGACUGCAGCGUCCCGCUGAAGAACCUCCGGGUUGCUCCGAAUAUACCACGGACGAACUACAUCGUUCAAAGGAGUGGUGUAUCGUCCGCCCAAAGUGGUGACCCGGAAAUUGCACAGGCCAUCUUGUUGGGCCUCGUUGGCGGUCCCAAUCCUCUGGCCAGUACUGGAUGUACGGCAGGAAACUGUACCUUCCCGACUGCCUACACGAGCGCCGGCAUCUGCUCGACAUGUGAAGACAUUUCCAGCAACAUAACUGUCACGAAGACCUGCAGAGGGGAGAAUAGCUCUGUCGUCGACUGCGCCAACGCAACAUACCAACAGAGCGUGGUUUGGGCCGAUCGCAUCACCUCAGCCUCAUAUGGUGGUGUCGAGUUGACGAAUGUUAGCUGGACUCCGAUGCAGAAUGAAUCCCUGCUCUUUCACGUGGACACUGCGCUCUAUCCACAAUGGCCAAAAUUCGUUAUGUUUGGAGUCGUGAUUGUCUGGGGAGAGACGACGUACUCGCAAGCAAAGGUCAACCCUUUAACCACGGAGCCUCUGCACGGUUGCGAGGACCCGUCAACCAACAAUACAUGGGCUUGCAGGGGCUAUGGGUCAGCAUACUGCAAGCUGCGGUUCUGCACUCGCACAUACAACGCAUCUGUUGAAGCUGGUAUUCUAGUGGAGAACAACAUCGAGGAAAGCCCAUCGUCGACGAAAGAACUGGUGUCCCCGCCGCCAGAAGCACUAGCAGGAGCCUCCGCGGCCACCCUCGGUCUUCUCGAUCUCCGUUGUAUCAACGACGUGGAGCUUCGGGAACUUCGCAACGUUGGCUACAAUAUUUCCUCGGCAUCGCCCCGGUGGGCCGGAUACGUUGUCGACCACGACCUGUUCCAGCUUGACGGCAACAAGUACAACGAUAUCGGGCCCGAUUCACCAUUCCCACAAUCACUAUUGGCUCACAGAUGCCUCUACAUGAUGAGCCUUAGGUUCCAAACCAAUUGGUUCUACGUCGCAGGCGCCCUCAGCGGAAACGUCUCAACCGGCAGGAUCCAGAGCAGCCGCUCCACUAUUGGCCCCAAGGUGCUGCAAAACAUUGAGCCAUUGUCAACUCUGUCCGGUGAUGGCGGGCCGAUCUUACUCUACAGCAACUCCAAGGUCGACUUUGGCAGCAUUUCCGCCAAGCUCUCCAACGUAGCCACGCACAUGACGACAAUGGUGCGUCAAACGGGAAACGUGAACCACAGCGCACCGGCCGAGAGAGUAGUCUUCCACUAUGCGACGUGCCUCAACGUCCACUGGAUCUGGAUCAUACUCCCAUCCAUCGCAGCCGGCUGUGUCGUAGCGUUGCUAGCCGCAGUUAUCCUGUUAACCGCCCACGGCGGGACGCGCAUAUGGAAGGGAAACAUCCUGGCUCUUCUAUUCCAUGGUCCAGGCGGUGCUGGUUGGAGCAGUAUGCCUGUGUCCGGCGAGGACGGGGACAAUGUGUUGUCCAAACUAAACACAAAUCAAGGAAUGGAGCAGAGAGCACGAGAGAUCAAGGUUAAGCUUGACCAGUCUUCAGAUUCGGCACAGCUCUUGAAAGCAGGAGAGAUGAAAUAG